AUGACUUCGUCGUACUGCCACCGCGCAGCUGAGUGGCCCGACCCAUCGACCCUUACCCAAUGGCUCCAUUCCUUUCCUUCCCAGUUUCCUUCCCUCCCUCUUCUCUGCCUUCUCUUCUCCCUCUCUUCUCCCUCUUUCAAGACUCUACCCACCCUUGUCCCCCUCCCCUUUCCUCCACCAACCUCCCUCUAUAUAAUUUUAAUCACGCACUACUCCAUCCCUCCCAUCCGACCAUCUAUUCUACCCACCACUAUUCCCAGCGCUGCUCGAUUUUCGUCAAACGCGACCGUCUCGCUCUCGUUGAGUGCACCUCAUUCACCUCCAAGAGUGCACUCCCUCCUCCCAGUGGCCACAUCUCUGCGUCUGCGCACCACUGGUGGCCCUGCCGACUACGGUCGUCCCUGCCUGUCGCCCCAAAAUGACGAGCGGGAUUCUAAGACAUCGAGUGCUAUCGCUAUGAGUGAUGUCGAGGCAGUCGCUUUGCCCGCUGCCCUGGACGUCGGUCAGAUCGCCGCUGCUGUGAAGGUGGAUGGGGAACCGUCGGUCAGCAAAAAGGAGCCCGAGUCGCAUUCAAGGCCGGGCAGCGAUCGCGAGCAGGCGGUCGAAUCCGACAAUGAAGGGCCUCCGAGUCCCAGAGCCGACUCGGAGGCAGAAACCAUCAUCCAGUCCGGCCGUGAAUCCCUCUCCCCUGAGAAGAAACGCAAGCAUAUUCGCCACGACCCCCUGCGCCAGCCGCUGGGCGACACGGACGGCGUCGAAGGGCACCUGCGCAAGCGACCGCGCAUCGAUGGCGAGUCUCGGGGCGAGGCAGACCGAAGCUCUCGGUCGGUCAGUCCGUCCCAGCGAACUGGCCCUCCAUCAGCGUCCGUGGUGAAGAUCGAGAAGGCAGACGAACACGAUUCCCUCGCGGAGGCUGUGCCGGAUCAUGGCUCGUCCAAGGCAGACAGGCCGCCAGACCACCGCAAGAGAAGCGUCACUCGUGGAAACCGCGCAGGCUCUUCUGAGGAAGGAGCGAGCGGCUCUUCCCGCGACCUUCUUAAAGAUGUCAACAACAACAUCCGAUUCUCACCUCCCUCCAACAUGCGUUCCGUUUCUCCAGCUCGUGUUUCUCACACCCGAUCCGCCUCUGGUUCCCACUUUCCGUCCAGAAAGAAAGCUCCCACUCCUCUUCUGACCGGUUUCCCACGGCAAGGCUCGGAAGAUCGACAAUCCACCUCGUCUUCUGUCAGCGGCUCUCCGCUACCCAGUGCCCGCCUGCGCAAACUUGGGUCUGGGGAUGGCACCUCUGCCUCUCCUGCCAAACAGAUGGGCCCCAAGAAAUUGCGCGAUAAGAGCGGACGCACACCGCUGGCGAGAGCGUGUGCCGAGCGAAAAUACGACCAGGUGGCUGCGCGUCAUGCGGAACGCCCUGAAGAUUUGAACAUUCCCGACAAUGCAGGCAACACCCCCCUGCAAAUUGUCUCUCUGAACGGCGAGACCGAUAUUGUGAAGUUUUUGUUGGACGCCGGCUGCGAAAUAAAUACGAAGAACAUCGACAAGGAUACCCCGUUGAUCGAUGCAGUGGAGAAUGGCAAUGUCGAUGUGGUGAAGCUGUUGUUGGAGGCGGGUGCAAACCCACGAACGGUGAACGCUGCAGGAGACGAGCCAUAUGAACUCGUUCCCUCUGAGCUUGAUGAAGACGAAUACCAGGAGAUGAGAAAGACCAUCGCAGAUGCUAAGGCCAGCUCGCGGCCGAGUCGACGCUCAGAGGAACACAGUGUCGCGGCGUCUCAUUCCCGACGGGCCUCAGGUGCCAGCCCUUCGCCUCCACUCCAUGGACCUCGCAGCCCGGCCCCGACGGGUGCAACGGGUCGACGCAAGACAGGACGCAGCGAAGCCACGCGAAACGAUCUGUUGUGGACGAAACCGACACUGGAAAACCUUCAAGUUUUUGCAUCCAAGGGCGACGAGGCCGGUGUGGUCAGCAUCUUGAACAUCUUGCAGAAAGCCGACACCGCGUCCUUGAUUGCGGCCGCUAAGGGCUGCCACCACGACGUGCUGUCCCUGUUGUAUGCUAUGGGCAAUGCAGAUCCGGACCCAAACCCCGACCUUGAUCACAAACCUGGUUACAACACUCCCAUGCUGGCUGCCAUCGGUCGUGGCAAGCCUGCCGUCAUUCAGCUGAUUCUCAACCAACCGGGCUUUAAUCCAACCCGCCGACUGUUCGAAGACAUGACGUACCAUGAACUGGCCCGAGCUCGUCAGGGCGAGGACUGGGAGGAAGAGUAUGACAUGCUCAAGGAUGCGUAUGAAAACUACAAUCGUGGCGAAGGCCGCAAGGGCGAUACCUCAUCUCCACGACGCGCGCGCGCAAAGGACAAGGAAGAUAAACGCACCGGGCGCAAACGAUCCUCCUCUCCUGUCGCUCGUACUUCCAAGAAGGCCAACACUAGCCCCAACGCUGCCCGGCGUCGCGACUCAACUGCCUUGGACGGCGAUAAAGAGAAGAGACGUGAGAAGGGGAAGACGGUGGGAUCUCGCGGCAAGGUAUCUGCCAAAGAUGCUGGUGACAGCGCGAUGGGUAGCUCGGACCAUGAUUCCCGUCCCCCGAAGUCUACUGUUUCGGCCAGAAGAGGCAGCGAAUCAAGCACUAUGGCACGCAACGAUGAAGUCAAAAAGAGACGGCUCAUCGCAGGACGUCGUCCAGGUCCAGAUCAGGAUCGGCGACCCAGCUUGUUCUCUUCGGAUUCUCUAUCGGGACGCGAAGAAACCGCCAAGGCCCGAGCUGACGGGCCCGAGUCGCUUUCAUCUCUCAAGCGCAUUCGUGCCGAUACUUCGCCAGAGCGAUCUCGGUCCCGUGGGGGCUAUGGCGACCAGUUGUCUCCUGAAUCACGAAAGAAGAAGCGGCGCAUGCUUUCCGAGGCAAAUGCCAAUGGUUCUUCCCACAAAUCUGGAAAGGAGCCUGUGGAUGCUGAUAAGCCCACUUCGCAAGAUGAUUCUUCGCGGACGGAUGAAAACAUGACGCGAAAGUCUGGAGAGCCAUCGAAGAAACCCGUCGCUCGUGAAUCGUCGCCUAAGGAAGAUGCUGUUAUGGAGAAUGGGGUCGUGAAGGCUGAACCUCAAGAGUCGAAGCCGAUUGAUGUUCCGACGGACGAGAAACAGCCUGAAAUGGAUGCUGAAGAACGUCAGCGAGCUGAAGCGAAGAAAGUCGAGGAUGAGCGCGUUGCCGAAGAACGACGUGUUGCCGACGAGGCGGAGCGUGCUCGCCUAGCCAAAGAAGAGGCGGACCGAGCGGCUCGUGCUGCUCGCGAAAAGGCUGAGGAGGACGAGCGCAAACGCAAGGAAGCCGAACAGCGUCGAAUCAAGCAGGCCGAAGACGAGCGCCAGAAACGCCUGGAGCAGGAACGGGCCCGGAUGGCGAAAGUUCGUCGUGACCAGGAAGAACUGGAGCAGCGACGCCGCGAUGCCCUUCCCAUUCGCCUCCGUGUAGCUGCCAAUUUUGUGGGGUCCAAUGACCCUCGCGCGAGAAGUCAUACUUGGCUGAAGAGUUUUAUGCCCUUGGUCACUGCGCUCACCAAGCAGCUUGAGCCCACCUGUGAUAAGGAGAUGGCGGACGAGAAAUGGAUUCCGAACUACUUGAUUGCACCCUUGCUGGCGACCAAUGAUCUCCAACUUUCGCAAUGUAAGUUUUUCUCUCUUUCGAUCAUCAUGUACUGUCCGCUGAUCUUACUCGCAAUAGAUGCCAGCUGGGAGAAACGCAAAGCGACUCCAACUCAACGCAUGAAUCUGUGGCGAGUCACUCGACGGAUGCUCAUUCAGGCGGAUGAAUCUGAUUUCCACGACUCGUCGGUUGGACAGAUUCUACAGAAAGACUGCGACACGCGAUCCAAAUACUUCGACAUGGAGCAUGUGUUCUGGAUUCGACUCUCCGACUUCAUGGACCUCGUCCCGCACGUUCCCCAUCUGAACGGGCUGCAGUUCCAGUUUCUCAGCAUGCAUAUCGACCAAGAAUCCUUUUCUGGCGGAAUCGGCGGCACGGCCCAGCCAAACGGCCAUGCUGCUUCGGUCGAUGCCUCUAAUGGCUCUCCUUCUGGUUUACUGAAUGGCUAUGGGCACUCGCGGCCUAGUACAUAUGUCUGA